AUUUGCAAGAAGAUAUCACUUAGCAAGUCACAGUCUCAGGCAUACUGGAGAGAAGAAGUUUAAAUGCAACAUUUGUUCUAAACAAUUUGCAACAAAAUCUCACUUAGUAAAACACAAUCUCAUCCAUACUGGAGAAAAGGAGUUUAAGUGUGAAAUUUGUUCAAAAGCAUUUGCACAUAAAUCUUCCUUAGCAAGUCACAAUCUCAUCCAUACAGGAGAAAAGAAGUUUAAAUGUGAUAUUUGUUCAAAGACAUUUACAAGGAAAUCUGACUUAACAAGACACAAUCACAUCCAUUCUGGAGAAAAACAAUUUAAAUGUGACAUUUGUUCUAAGACGUUUGCAUGGAGAUCUGCCUUAGUAAGUCACAAUAUCAUCCAUACUGGAGAAAAGAAAUUUAAAUGCAAUAUUUGUUCUAAAGCAUUUGCAAGGAAGUCAGAUAUAGGAAUUCACAAUCUCAUCCAUACUGGUGAAAAGAAAUUUAAAUGUGACAUUUGUUCUAAAACAUUUGUACAUAAAUCUCAUUUAGUAUCUCACAAUCUCAUUCAUACUGGAAUUAAGCAGUUUAAAUGUGACAUUUGUUUUAAAGAAUUUGCACAGAAAGCUACAUUGGUAACACACAAUCUCAUUCAUACUGGAAAAAAGCAGUUUAAAUGUGACAUUUGUUCUAAAACAUUUGCACGUAAGGGCAACUUAGUAAGUCACAACCUCAUCCAUACUGGAGAAAAGCAGUUUAAAUGUGACAUUUGUUCUAAAACAUUUGCAAGGAAGUCAGAUAUAGCAAUACACAAUCACAUUCAUACUGGAGAAAAGCAGUUUAAAUGUGACAUUUGUUCUAAAACAUUUGCAAGAAGAUAUCACUUAGUAAGCCACAAUCUCAUUCAUACUGGAGAAAAGCAGUUUAAAUGUGACAUUUGUUCUAAAACAUUUGCAAGGAAAUUCAACUUAGUGGCACACAAUCUCAUCCAUACUGGAGAAAAGCAGUUUAAAUGUGACAUUUGUUCUAAAACAUUUGCAAGGAAGUCAGAUAUAGCAAUACACAAUCACAUUCAUACUGGAGAAAAGCAGUUUAAAUGUGACAUUUGUUCUAAAACAUUUGCAAGAAGAUAUCACUUAGUAAGCCACAAUCUCAUUCAUACUGGAGAAAAGCAGUUAAAAUGUGACAUUUGUAGUAAAACAUUUGCAUGGAAAUCUGCCUUAGUAAGCCACAAUCUUAUCCAUACUGGAGAAAAGCAGUUUAAAUGUGACAUUUGCUCAAAAACAUUUGCACAUAAGGGCCACUUAGUUACUCACAACCUCAUCCAUACCGGAGAAAAACAGUUUAAAUGUGACAUUUGUUCAAAAACAUUUGCAAGGAAAUCUGCCUUAGUAAGCCACAAUCUUAUCCAUACUGGAGAAAAGCAGUUUAAAUGUGACAUUUGCUCAAAAACAUUUGCACAUAAGGGCCACUUAGUAAGUCACAACCUCAUGCAUACCGGAGAAAAACAGUUUAAAUGUGACAUUUGUUCAAAAACAUUUGCUUGGAAAUCUUACUUAGUAAGCCACAAUCUUAUCCAUACUGGAGAAAAGCAGUUUAAAUGUGACAUUUGCUCAAAAACAUUUGCACGUAAGGGCAACUUAGUAAGUCACAACCUCAUCCAUACCGGGGAAAAACAGUUUAAAUGUGACAUUUGUUCAAAAACAUUUGCUUGGAAAUCUAUCUUAAUAAAACACAAUAUCGUCCAUACGAGGGAAAGGAAGUUUAAAUGUGACAUUUGUUCAAAAGCAUUUGCACAUAAAUCUUCCUUAGCAAGUCACAAUCUCA